AUGGAUCUCCCUCGACCAGAACUAGCACAGCGAUUAUCGUUGUCGGCCGCCAACCACUUAUCACUGGACGAUGUUGAAGCUGUCGAUGUUCAAAUUCGAGAUCUAUCAGUUACCGUCGAUACGUCACCUUCAAUCUGGGAUCCUGCAACAUAUCCCGAUUUGUUUAGCGGGAAAGGUCGUGACGGUCCAACCACCAAGACCCUUCUUAGUUCCGUGAAUGCAUCUCUAAAACCGGGAACUCUUACGGCUAUUCUUGGUGGUAGUGGCUCUGGAAAAACGACCUUAUUGAACACAAUCGCAGAACGCAUGUUUAGCUCUCGACUUUCUCGAACUGGAACUGCCACAUUCAACGGACAAGAGGGCGUGCACUCCAUCAGACAUGCAUAUGUAAUGCAACAAGAUAUCUUGCUCCCAACCCUUACUGUACGAGAGACGUUGAGAUACUCGGCAAAUUUGAGAUUACCAUCUUCGACAACAGAAAAGGAGAGGAUGCGUAUUGUGGAGGAAGUUAUCCUUGAAUUGGGGUUGAAGGACUGUGCAAAUACUAGAAUCGGAAAUAGUCAGCAUCGUGGAUGUAGUGGCGGAGAGAAGCGAAGGACGAGUAUCGGUGUACAACUCUUGGCGAACCCAUCAAUCCUCUUCCUUGACGAACCAACAACUGGAUUGGAUGCAACAAGCGCUUACCAGCUUGUUAGGACUCUCAAGACUUUAGCAAGCAAAGGUCGUACGAUUAUCACGACUAUUCACCAGCCGCGAUCCGAAAUCUGGGACCUGUUCGAUAACCUUGUGAUUUUGUCUAGGGGGAGCCCUGUGUAUUCCGGACCGAUGAAAGAGUGUAUCCCGUGGUUUUCGGGGCUCGGAUUUGAACUACCUGCAUUCGUUAACCCGGCCGAAUUCUUGAUUGAUCAUGCCGCGAUCGAUAAUCGCAGUCCGGAGCUCGAAGAAGAAAGUACCGCUAGAGUUGAGCGUCUAAAGACAGCAUGGAACGAAGAGUCAAAUCGAGUUUUCCCAUUGCUUACAUCCGAACAAGUUUCGGAGAUGAAGAAUAAACCUAGGCGACCGAAAAUGGAACAACAUGCAGGCUUUUUUCGUCAGGUGCGGGUGCUAACAGACAGGACGCUCAAAGUCACUUACAGGGACCCGCUGGGAAUGGCAGGUUCUAUAUUGGAAGCUAUUUUCAUGGCUAUCAUCACGGGAUAUGUAUUCUACAACCUUGCCAGAGACCAGUCUGGCAUUCGAUCCAGACAAGCUGCAUUGUACAUCUCGGUAGGCCUACAAGGUUACUUGUUCCUGACAUUCGAGAUUUACCGCUUGACGAUGGACAUCCCAACUUUCGAUCGCGAAAAUAGCGAAGGCUGUGUAACUGCACUCCCUUUCAUAAUAUCCCGUCGACUUGCGCGUCUCUUCACCGAAGACAUACCUGUCCCAUUUUUGUUCAGCGUUAUCUACUACUUUAUGGUGGGCUUCGAUCGCGACGUGUCCAAGUUCUUCACGUUUUUCUCGAUACUUCUUCUUAACCAUUAUAUUGCCGUUGCACUGGCGGUUUCUUCGGUCGCGGCUGUUAGGCACUUCCCUGGAGCAAGUCUAAUUGCCAACCUCGCAUACACAUUACAGAGUAUGGCCUGUGGAUACUUCAUACAGAGCAAUACGAUUCCUGUGUAUGUGAGGUGGACGAAGUACAUCACUUAUACCUAUUAUGCUUUUGGGGCUCUCUGCGGCAAUGAAUUCGAAGGUAGCUUCUACGAUUGCCCCUUGCCAGGUGGCGAGUCAGAUCCGGCCUGUAAACCAUAUACCGGGCAAUAUAUCAUGGAUAACCUUGGGUUCCCACGGGAUUGGACUGCACGACCGAUUAUUGCCAUGUUAGGUUUUGUCAUUUUGUUCUUUGUUACAUCCUGGGUCGGCUUGGCGUUUGUCAAGGUAGAAAUGUCAAUUGCCCGAGCUCGAGCAUCGGACACGGAUCUUUCUGCUGGAAAAGAGAAGAUGAACGCGAGAUCAAUUUACGAAGUCCGGGCGAUAGAUGUUGGCCUGGACGAAUUUUCCCUUAAGUUGGACAAGAGAUCACCAACUGGAAAAAAGCUGCCGACUAAGACGAUCCUCAAUCCUGUUACGGCCACAUUCCAAGCCGGUAUGCUCAACGUGAUAAUGGGACCAUCUGGAUCAGGAAAAACCAGUUUGCUCAAUUCGAUGGCGAUGCGACUGCAUAGCACGAUCGGAACUAGGUAUAAGCCGUCCGGAAAGUUAACCUUCAAUAGUGCCGUACCGUCGGACUCAGUGGUGCGAUCAAUUGUAUCUUAUGUUUGCCAGGACGAUGAUGCACUGCUUCCAUCUCUAACCGUUCGAGAGACCCUUCGCUUUGCAGCUGGUCUCCGUCUCCCCUCAUGGAUGAGCAAGUCGGAAAAACAUCAACGAGCCGAAGAUGUAUUAGUCAAGAUGGGUCUCAAAGAUUGCGCUGACAACUUGAUCGGAAACGAGAUGGUAAAAGGUAUUUCCGGAGGAGAAAAGAGGCGAGUCAGUAUCGCCAUACAAAUUCUUACUGACCCUCGCGUCCUACUACUCGACGAACCGACAAGUGGAUUGGAUGCUUUUACUGCAAGCAGUAUCUUGGAGGUGCUGCAGGGUCUGGCGAGGGAAGGGCGCACGCUUAUCCUGACAAUACACCAAGCCAGAUCAGACAUAUUUAACCACUUCGGAAAUGUACUGCUGCUCGCCAGAGGUGGCUCACCUGCUUAUGCCGGUGCCGCCAAGGAUAUGUUACCUUACUUUAGCGGUCUUGGAUAUCAAUGUCCUCAACACACUAACCCAGCUGAUUUCGCACUUGAUCUCAUCACGAUUGAUCUUCAGGAGGCUCGAAGAGAAGCUGAAAGCCGGGAGAAGGUCCGACGACUUAUCGAGUCUUGGACUAGAAUCAUGAACCAGUCUCAAUCAGGGAAGACACAAGCCAUUCCGCGACUCUCGGAUAUCAACGAGAGAGGAGAGUCAGGCACAGAAUCAAUGAAUGAAAAAGUGGCAAUACCUUAUAGCUGUGGAAAAGCAACUGGCGAGACUACAGACAUCUCGGCGGAAGCAAGCGGAGCUGAUCUUGAAAGGCGGCUUUCCAACCCUCUUCCACGCCGGUCACUCAACAAGGCCGCUCUAGCAACACCAGCCGAGUUAGGCGCCAUGGUUCACAAACGCGCAUCUUUCAUAACGGCAUUUCCAAUACUACUACACCGAGCAAUGAUCAACCUCCAGCGACAACCACCCCUCCUUUUAGCGCGUAUAAUGCAAGUUCUUGGAUUAGCUAUCAUCCUCGCCCUGUUCUUUGCGCCCGUGCAUAACGACUACUACAGCGUACAGAACCGGGUCGGUUUCGUACAGGAGAUUGGUGCAUUCUACUUUGUCGGCAUGUUGCAGAACGUCGCCGUUUACCCCGCGGAGCGUGAGGUGUUCUACCGUGAAGAUGACGAUGCCGUAUAUAGCGUUGAGGCCUUCCUCUCGACGUAUACCCUUCUCGAGGUGCCCUUCGAGAUAAUAGCUUGUCUACUCUUCAGCAUUUUGGCUGACUUUGCGGUUGGUUUCCCACGCACGGCCGAGAUGUACUUCGUGUACGCCUUCUGCUGUUUCGGUAUCGUGUCGUGUGGCGAAAGCCUGGGUAUUAUGUUCAAUACUUUGGUUAAUCACACCGGGUUCGCCGUCAACAUCAUCUCUAUUCUACUUUCCGUCGCGCAGAUCAUGGCCGGUAUCAUGUCUAUCGACAUGCCGGAGUUGUUUAAGGCGUUCAAUUACAUCAGCCCGCUCAAGUAUGCGACAGCUGCACUGGCGCAAUUCACCUUGAGGGGCGUCACAUUCACUUGCGAUGACGCGCAGAGGUUACCGAACGGGCAAUGCCAGAUCGAGACUGGCGAACAGGUUCUAGACCUGUAUAAGCUUAAUGUGAACCCUUACGUCAAUCUCGGCGCGCUGGGGGCGGCGAUCGUCGUGUACAGGGUUGUCGCGUGGCUUUUGCUUAGGCUAGUGAGGACAAGGUGGAAGAGCGUUGUUGAGAAUACGAGGAAGUGA